GACGCGGGCGGGGCGGGGCGGCGCCCGCUGCCCGCCGCAGGAAGCCGCGGUGCGUACUUAUGCUCGGCGGCGGCGGCGGCAGCGGCCUGGCAGAGCGCGGGGCGGCGGCGCCCGGCAGCCCUCGCUCCGCGCCGCAGGGGCGAGGAUGAGCCAGCGCGACACCCUGGUGCACCUCUUCGCCGGCGGAUGUGGAGGUACUGUUGGUGCAAUUCUGACAUGUCCACUAGAAGUCGUGAAAACAAGGUUGCAGUCUUCCUCUGUGACUCUCUACAUCUCUGAAGUCCAUCUCAACACUGUGAAUGGUGCUACUGUCAAUCGAGUAACUAGAGUUUCUCCUGGACCUCUCCAUUGUUUGAAGAUGAUCUUGCAAAAGGAAGGUCCUCGUUCCCUCUUUAGAGGGCUGGGUCCUAAUUUGGUAGGCGUUGCUCCUUCCAGAGCGAUAUAUUUUGCUGCUUACUCAAACUGCAAGGAAAAGUUGAACAAUAUUUUCAAUCCAGAUUCUACCCAAGUACACAUGAUUUCAGCUGGCGUGGCAGGUUUUACUGCAAUCACAACAACCAAUCCCAUUUGGCUAGUAAAGACACGAUUACAGCUUGAUGCAAGGAAUCGUGGAGAAAGGCGAAUGAGUGCUUUUGAAUGUGUCCAGAAAGUUUAUCGAUCAGAUGGUAUUAAAGGCUUUUACAGAGGAAUGUCAGCAUCAUAUGCAGGCAUAUCUGAGACUGUUAUUCAUUUUGUUAUUUAUGAGAGUAUUAAGCGGAAACUACUAGAAUAUAAAACUGCUUCUGCCAUGGACAAUGAGGAUGAAUCAUCGAAGGAAGCUUCAGACUUUGUUGGGAUGAUGAUGGCUGCUGCCACUUCCAAAACUUGUGCAACAUCAAUAGCAUAUCCCCAUGAGGUUGUACGAACAAGGCUAAGAGAAGAGGGAACAAAAUACAGAUCUUUCUUCCAGACACUAUCUUUGCUUGUGCGAGAAGAAGGGUAUGGAGCCCUCUACCGAGGCUUAACUACACAUCUGAUCAGACAGAUUCCAAACACAGCUAUCAUGAUGUCAACCUAUGAAGUGGUAGUCUACAUGCUGGAUGGAUAGCAGUGUCACAAGACCUUCUAGAGCAAGGUGGAAGACUGAAAGACUGGAGUGGACCACCAAAUGUCUAUGCCAGUGUUGUGGGCAAAAGGAAAAUGAUAUCAGGAACAUGCAGCUAUGGACAAAAUAGAAGAUUGAGGGCAACUAUGAAUAAUUGUGCUGCCUUAUUGUAUGGUCUCUUGGCAAUGUGAUAAAUGGGGGCUGCCCCUUAGGGGGGGAAUACCUUUAUACACCUCUUAAUUCAAAAUUGCAUUUUCUUUACAUCUCUUAAUUUAGACAAGGCCACUCAGUCAGCUUCAGAGACCUGAUGGAUGAGCAAGGGGCCAUAAAAUAUAUCCUGGGGCAGCCUUAUUCCCUUCUUGAAGUGAUUGCUCUUCAGUACACUUUUCUGUUCUGUUUUACUGCACAGUAACCUGUUGGAAGAAUGGGGAAGAUCAGAUUUCAUAUGUAUGGCAACGUACGAAUAUGUAACUUCUGUUCACUUGCUCUGAAGAUGCAUAUAGAUAGAGACUGAGGUAGUAGUCGGUGUGUGUAGCUCUUUCAUGUUGCUACCUCAAGGUAAAAUAUGGCGCAGGGACCCAAAAAAACCUUUCACUCAUUUUUAGAAGCAAGAGACCUGUAGAACAUUCUCUGGUAUCAUCAGUUUUCCUUACCAACUUGUCAGAUCACUCAUGCAACUAAGGAAGAACUUGCUGAAUGGUGUUUAAUAGUAUCUUUAGGGAUUCUCAGUGUAAUGAUAAAUCCAAACUAGUGCAACCUAUCAUUUGCGAAGACAGGAUUCCCUUAAAUACAGUUUCAUGCUACCUAAGAAUAAGCUGUGUAUUAUCCUGAAACUACUUCUUGCAGAGCCUGACCUAGCUUACAGAUACCUGCCUUGGAGUACAGGGAAAGAAUGUAUAUCACUGUGGCUAAGACAACCAGAAAGCAGAAAACAGUUGGAGUUGAGAGCUCUUCAGUGCAGCUAGCCUCUGUUAAGAGUGAUGGAAAAAACUUUAAUAGAGAAUUCUUUCAUAAGUAUUCCCCUUUAAAAUUGCUGUAUCACUUCUUCCAACUUGAGGCUGUGUGCAGAACUGCAGCUGACAGUAUAACCUUGUCCUCUAAAUUGUCUGAAUAUUCAGGCAUUGUUCUUCAUAGUUCUAUAAACUACUGGCAAAACAGUGUGUUGUGUUCAGCAGCAAGACUUAGCUAGUUUCAGUCAUAAUGUACAGGGUUUUCCAAAACUAUACAGUUGGAAUGUCAGAAUCAUAGGUUUAAUGUUGCAGGAACUUAUAUAGCUUUGUAGACAAACAUUUCAUUUGUACCUUGACUACUUCUAGAACCGCAUCUGUGGUCCUUAAGAGGAAGGUGACCAUUAUAAAUCAGGGGCAAUAGCUUUCUACACAUAAAUGCUGCUACACUGGUAUGACAGAACUGUGCAGUCAACUCUUCCAGUGUGGUACUUCAGUAUAUUGAACUGUGCAUUGUGUGCAAUGGCUUUAUCUUCUGAAUGACUCCUUAUGCACUUUGUGGCCUUCUGGCUUGUGACUUUUCUUCCUGUAGCCCAAACCUGCAUUCAGUACAUGCAGUUCUGUUUUAAACAAAGCAUGCAGUUUGGUUUCCAUGUAAGCUGUGCAGCAUAAAUCAUUAUGUGCUGUAGGUAGAUAGGAUCUCAGUUGCAAGAGUUCUGUAGGUCAUGUGUAAAGGUUCAAAGCUUACAGAAUGAUCUGUCUGCCUUUUCAUUUGUAUUGUCUUAUUUUGACCCCAUCUUGUCCUCCACACUAGGUCAAAAUGUUUCAGUACUCCAUGUAAUUCUCUGUACUAAUUGCUCAUGCCUCUAGGAGCCACUUACAGAGUGCACAGUGCCCACUGUAGUGCCCUUGCAGUGGAGACUUGGUUGGAUUGACUUGUCUUUGGAAAAUGUCAUCUUACCCCUUUAAAGAAAAAGGAAUACGCGGUCUGAUUUGCCCAGAGGUGAACAUGAUCAUUAUUUUAAACAAGCAGGGGGAGUACUUAGAUGUGUCUUCUAAAAUGGGCUUUUUUUCUAACAAUAUUGCCAGGAAAAUAUCUGCGGUAUUUUGUAUUAUUCAUGACUCUGGCUUUUUAGGUCUUGCUGUGGUACCAUUUUUCAGAUAACUAAGUACAGGAAUAGCUACCUACUGGAAUCUUUGUUUUGCGGAAGGUGGGUUCCUCUUUGGGUAUCCAGCUGGUUCAGUGAUAACUCAAUUUCUAGUUGGCAAGAAAAUGCAGAAGACCAUAUUCAGUGUUGGAGUUCAUGAAUACAGUUGAUACUUGGAUUAGCCUUCGUUUCAUGAGAGUUACUCUCCUUUGUUUCAUGGGUCUACUCCCCUGUGGUUGCAUGUACAUCUCCUCCAUUAACUUGCUGGGUGCCAUGUGUUUGCCUUGUCUGGGUGAGGAUAGGCUCCCUGCAAUUGCUUUCAAAAUGAAGUUUUUAAAGAAGAAAAUGUUAACUCCCAUACCCAGCUGUCCUUGUUAACAGCCAAGAAGAGACAAUCAGCUUUUUGUUCCACUUUUAAUGGGGGUUUAGGCAAUGUUUUACAUUUCAGGGGUGACUAUUCUUUUUGGUUUGUUUGCUUUAUGUAACAAAAUACAAACCCAAAACUUCCUGGGAUUUUUGUCUUACUUUUAAACUACCAGUACAAAGUUACCUCUGAAAUACUUCCCAAAGAUCUUUAAGUUAUUUGUAGAAUUUUCCUGAUAUUUAUUAUAAAGUCUUAAAGGGAAUAAGAAGAUGCUACAUUCAGUGAUAUCCUUAACUGUAAAACUGAAAGAGUACAUCUAAGCUUCCUUGUAACUUAGAUGGUCAUCUCAUUUUGUAUUUUCAUGUAGUUCUUAUAUCACUUUUUCUCAGUUACAGUAAAGGCCUCAGAUGUCUGAAGCUGUUCUCAGCAAUGAGUUUCUUUCCACAUACAUGCUUUGCUUAGAUAAAACUUAAAUAUCAUUGCAAGCUGCUAAUUUUAACUUGGCAACCAGUUAGGCUGUGCAAGACUGCUGUUCUCUGCAUCCGUCAAAAGAUGGCACUGGAGCAUGCCCAGAUCAGAGGUUGCUGCAUGUGUGCCACCAUGGGCUGCCCCUGAAGUACCUGUAGUGUCUUGGGGUGACAAGGCAGGGGAGGAUGCCGGGGUGUGAAAAGCUGCUGUGGGGGCACAGUCAGGUGCUGCAGCACCUGUAGUGCUGCAGGGAAGCAGGUGAGUCCUGGGCAUUGCAGCAUGCUGGGCCUAGCCUUUCAGCUGGCUGCAAGGUCUGCUCCUGCUCUCUGCAUUUCUCCUCUGCUAGCCAAUGUUGUUUUAAGCAGGUUUACACUAAGGGUUAAUAGAGAUUUUUGUUGUUUUAAUUGCAAACAACUGAAAGAUCAGCCACUCCACUUGUAUAUUGACAUUGCACCUAUAUAGUUCCCUGUUUACGUAAUGCACUCCAUACAUUUCCUUUCUAAUCAAGGUGUUUGGUAAUGACAGUUUCUGCUAUACUGUUUUUGUUCUUUAUAAUUACCUUUUUAACAUUCCUCAGAGUGUAGCAUUUUAAAGGAAUGCUUCUAGAGAAAAAGAUUGGAGAUCCUUUCUAAAUGUUGCUUCCUAUUUAAGCUGUGUUUAAAUUCAGAAAACAAGCUCAACACUGAAGCGUGCCUCGGUAAAUGUAACUUUUCUUAAUUUUUUGUCUGUAAAGACUUGAUCAUGUAAGCUUUCAUUUCUUCUGUUUGAGAGUCUGCCUACCCUGCAUAUGUGAACAUAAUUAUGCCCUAGGAGUCAUAGCUAAACACUCACAAAUGACAGUCUGAGAAUAUUUUAAUGCAUAUGUGAGGUUUGCUAUUAUUCUUACAUACAUGUAGUUGGCUGUAAACUAUGUGCAUUUACUCUGUAUUUAUAUAGCAACUUUUGGAGUGUUUUAAAUUUAAAAGCAAAUUAAAAUUAUGUGCUUCUAUUCAAAUGUUGCAUUCUGUGCUAAACUGUACAUUAUUUUUUAAACCUUUUAAUUAUUAUUGAUAUACCAGUGCCUGGACAGUUGUGAUUAAAAACAAGCAACUCAUUAGGAGAUCCCUGUGAAUGUUUUUAUCAUGUGACAUUUUAAAGUAGCUGAAAACAAUGUUUUCUGUAUUUUUUUGUACGAUAUGUUCUUGUUUGGGUUUCAUGGAUGACUUAAGUCAGAUAUGUUUCUUGCAGUUGUAUUUGAAUACUGUAAACAGUCACUUCUGCACAGCUGAGUGUUAUUGACCUUCAACUGAGAUUCAAUAAUUGAUCAGAACACCUUUUGCCCCUUUAAAAUGCCAGCUGGUACAAACCACUGCUGAAAAACAAAGGGCUGUAAUUCCUUAAAAUGCUCAGACUUGAUUACAGGAGCAGGUAUAACUGUCCUUGAAUCUGAAACAUUCUUAAAUAUCCUUUCUUUUUAAGCAGUAGCUAUUUGACCCAGAAUCUCUGCUCAGAACUUCUCACAAAUCUGAAACAUGAGUCAACAUUCUGCAAAUAUACCUGGAUUUUGUUUGGAGCAUCUGUCAUUUUUUUCACCUGGAGUAUAUUCUGAAACUGAAUCCUUUAAUAUGGAGCUGGGCCUGAUGUCUGAUUGGAGUCUUUGAGCCAUUCAGAUGUCCCCAAAGCUUGUAUUAAAGCAGCACAUCUGUGACUUUUUUCAGUCACUGUUAGUGGUGAUUGACCUAGCCUGCUCUCAAUGUUGUGUGUUCUAGCUUCCAUGUAUGUCAAUGAAGGCAAACUAGUCUAAAGUGAGGGAUAGGUUGUUAUUAAUGCAGCUGUGUAGACUGACAAACCUAAAAGCUUGUGAGGUUUAUUCAAUGAUCUUUUUUACAAAAGAAAGCUGUUGAAUUGGAUAAUGCACUCUUGAGCAAGAUAAAUUAAAAAUUAUAUAUAUAUUUCCAAAGA